AUGAUUUCGUUCGUCUCUCUUGCAUGUGCUGCUGCGUCGUUGGUCACACCCUCCUGGGCGCAGGGCUCUCAAUACGUCGAGCCAACGGUUCCCACGGGGACUCCAAUUCCGGGGAACUAUAGCGGUGCUCUUCGCCCACAGGUCCAUUUCUCGCCCCCCAAGGACUUUAUGAAUGAUCCCAACGGCAUGUUCGUCGAUGCGAACGGCACGUAUCACUUGUACUACCAAUACAACCCCACGGGCGUCGUGGCGGGCAACCAGCACUGGGGCCAUGCGACCUCCAAAGAUCUGUACCACUGGAUGAACCAACAGAUCGCCAUCUUCCCCCCGGACGCACAUUCCAACAUCUACUCCGGCUCGGCGGUGGUGGACGUGAACAACACGUCGGGAUUCUUCCCUCGCCAGGACAACGGCGUGGUCGCCGUGUACACGGUCAACACGCCCACGUCGCAGACACAGGCCCUGUCGUACUCGGUCGACGGCGGGUACACGUUCCAGCCGUACGCGGGCAACCCGGUGCUGAGCGACAACUCGAGCCAGUUCCGCGAUCCCAAGGUCCUCUGGCACGCGCCCACGCAACGGUGGGUGAUGGUGGUCGCGUACGCGCAGGACCUCACCGUCGGCUUCUUCACGUCCGCCAACCUCAAGAACUGGACCCACGUCUCCAACUUCUCCCACCACGGCCUGCUGGGUGACCAGUAUGAAUGUCCCAACCUGGUGCAGAUCCCCAUGGAAGGCCAGCCGCAGCCGAUGUACGUGCUCGCCGUGAGCAUCAACCCUGGCGCCCCCCUCGGCGGCUCCAUAACCCAGUACUUCCCGGGCGCGUUCAACGGCACCGUGUUCACGCCUGUCGACGGGGCCGCGCGGAUCGGCGACUUCGGCAAGGACAACUACGCCGGCCAGUUCUUCUCCGGCAUCCCCGCCGACCAGGACCAGAUCUCCAUCGCCUGGACCAGCAACUGGCAGUACUCACAGGUGGUCCCGACCGGAGCCUCGGAAGGCUGGCGUUCGUCCAUGUCGCUGCCGCGGGUCAACUACCUGAAGAACAUCAGCCGGGUGGGGUACGACAUGGUGUCCGCACCAUACGAUCUCUCUCCUGUGAUCAACACCACCGCCCUGGCCAACAGGACCAUGGGCAACGGCAGCGUCAGCGUCGACUACUCCACGUCCGUGUCCUCGGGGGCGGUGUACUUCCAGAUCAACGUCACGGACAUCCCCAGCGCCAACAUCACGGGCACCGCGAACUUCACAUUCUCGUCGUCCCGAUCCGGCGAGACGUUGAAGGGCGGCUACUUCCUGGCGCCCGACAGCGCGUUCUUCCUCGACCGCGGCGGCGUGCGCGGGUUCGACAACCCCUUCUUCACCGACAAGUUCUCGACCAGCUGUCCCUACAACUCGUCGGCGUCGUUACUCACCUGGCGCGUCGAGGGCGUCAUCGAUCGCAGCAUUCUCGAGGUCUUCAUCAACGGCGGCGAGUCCUCCGCCACCGUCUCCUUCUUCCCCGAGCAGCCGCUUGACACCCUCAAGAUCAGCGCCGGCGGGCUCAAUCCCGGCGUCACGGUGAGUGCGGCCGUGUAUGGCUUGAACAGCGCGUGGGCGAAGUUUGAGAAUGCCCAGGGGACGGUGGUGGGCAAUCUCACCACUCAAAAGGCAUAG